UGCAUUCCCUUCUGCCCCUGCAGGUACAUGGCCAUCAACAGACCGCUGAGACCUCGAAUGGGUCGAAGGGCAACCCUGGGCAUCAUCGUCUUCAUCUGGGUGGCGUCCACCGGACUGGGUCUCCCGCAUUUCCUCUAUUCCACCACGUGGGAGGAACGAUUUGGCAACAAUGACACCCGAGUCAUCUGCUUCCAAAUCUGGCCCGAUGGACCCAUGUUACAGAGUCAACACGAACUUGUGUACAACAUCAUUCUGUCGGCAAUGACGUACGCCAUUCCGAUGAUCGUGAUGACAUUCGCAUACACCCUGAUCGCGAGGAAACUCUGGGGCUCCACUAGCAUCGGAGAGUGCACCCAAAGACAACUGGACUCCAUCAGCAGCAAACGAAAGGUGAAUUUACCAUCUCCUAUGGAUGAUUUCCAGGUGGUGAAGAUGAUGAUGUUCGUGGUGGUGAUCUUCGCCCUUUGCUGGCUGCCGUAUAACAUUUACUUCAUCGCGACCAUCAUCGACCCCAGCAUCACGUUCAUGCCUUACAUUCAACAGUUUUACCUGGUCAUCUACUGGCUCGCUAUGUCGAACUCCAUGUAUAAUCCCAUGGUCUACUGCUGGAUGAACAAACGUUUUCGGCAGGGGUUCCGCGAGGCCUUCGCAUGGGCAUCGUGCUUCUCCAAAAGAAGACAAACGACUGUGGAGUCCCCUCGCACUCCGAUGCAUCCGGCUCGAUACAUCGCUCUCGAGUCCUUGGGGAAUCCCCAACACAAUCGGCUGCAGAGUCGCAAUGGUUCGACGAAGGACACGCUACUCGUGCAGGAACAGCUCCGUUGUCACCAAGGCUCAUCUAUCAACAACGGUUCCACGAGGUUCCUCAACCAGUUCAAGACCAACAAGAACAGAAACAACUAA